AAUCCACUCUCUCGGUCGACAUAGUCUUGACGACGCAUGCUCUUCUUCUUGACAUUUGCCCGUCGUCCUGCCGUGACCCCGAUCGCGCGUUUUGCUGGAGAGCUGCCCAGUGGACCUGCAUGAACCCUGACUGCUGCGCUGACCACGACGACGCCGCCGCCUCGUCUCCAGAGGCUGCCAAGUUUCGCGACCGUCGCCCUCCAUCGGGCCCCCCUAACGUCUGCCAGUAACGCAGCCAUCGCCCGACUCCAGAUAUAGCCAGAGCAGAGCACUGCACAGCAAGCAUCUCUUCGCACUGUCUGGGACCGCCUGACUCGCUCGGAUCCACGCUCGCUCGCCGCGCAGUGCGUCAAUCCCCUCGCAGGCCCGCAUCUGCUCCUUGCGUCGCCCACGCCAGCCAACCAACCUCGCCAUGUCCGCCGCAGCCCCAACAUCGCCCGCCGUAGUGCGCACUUCUUCCACGUCGCGCAGGUCUGUCGACAGGCCCCAUCGCUCCCAGAGCACCACCUCACGUCCCAGCGGGCAUGUCCAUAGCCGCAACCAGCAGGGCGGCCUCAACAACGUUGCCAGACGGGAUUGGGAGCAGAGCAACGUCGCCCAAGAGCAGCCAUCUCGACGCAGCGAAGAUCCAAGUCGCACCGAGUCGACCAGAAGAGGGCACUCACGGUAUGCGUCUGACGCGUCUGCUACUUCCGCAAUGCCUAUCAACGGCGUAGCUGCCGACGCGAGGCCGGGGCAGGUCCAGGCCAACACGAAGCGGAGGACCACCAUCACAGCCCCAAGCACAGGAACAUGGGCGCUAGGGAAGACCAUUGGGGCCGGCAGCAUGGGCAAGGUGAAGCUGGCCAAGCACCAAGAGACUGGAGAGCAGGUUGCUGUCAAGAUUGUACCGCGACUGUCCCAGGACCAUCAUCAGAGCGCCGCUGACCGCGAGCGAGCCGACCAUUCAAAGGAGAUACGUACCGCCAGAGAAGCUGCCAUUGUCAGCCUGCUCAACCAUCCCUAUAUAUGCGGCAUGAGAGACGUUGUCCGCACCAACUACCACUGGUACAUGCUGUGCGAGUAUGUCAAUGGCGGACAGAUGCUCGACUACAUCAUCUCCCACGGCCGCUUAAAGGAGAAACAGGCCCGCAAAUUCGCCCGCCAGAUCGCGAGUGCUCUGGACUACUGCCACCGUAACAGCAUCGUCCACCGAGACUUGAAGAUCGAAAACAUCCUCAUCAGCAAAACUGGCGACAUCAAAAUUAUAGACUUUGGCUUGAGCAACUUGUUCUCGCCCCGAAACCAGCUAAAGACAUUCUGUGGAAGUCUCUAUUUUGCUGCUCCUGAGCUACUGCAAGCUAAGCAAUACACUGGCCCCGAGGUCGAUGUCUGGAGUUUUGGCAUAGUCCUCUACGUCUUGGUGUGCGGCAAGGUGCCAUUCGACGAUCAGAGCAUGCCACAGUUACAUGCGAAGAUAAAGAAGGGACAUGUCGACUACCCUCCGUGGCUGUCUGCUGAAUGCCGUAACCUCAUCCAUAGGAUGCUACAGACGGACCCAGCUCAGCGAUUAACCCUUUCCGAAAUUAUGAGCCACCCUUGGCUAACCAAGGGGUUCAACAGCCCUCCCGAAAACUACCUACCCCAUCGCGAACCAGUGCAAUUGCCUCUUGACAAAGAAAUCGUUGAAAAGAUGACAGGGUUCGACUUCGGUACUGCAGAGUAUAUCACAACUCAGUUAACCAACGUGAUUCAAUCAGAGGAAUACCAACGCGCUGUGCGUGCAGCGGCUCGAAGAACCACUGCCCAAACGCCAGAGGCCGAGAAGAAGAGAGGCAUUCUUGACUUUUACAAGAGGCGGACCUCCAUCUCUAGCCGGGAACACUUGACAGCCUCUUCGUCCGAAGAUAUCCAACGGGGGCUGGAUCCUGUCAACGCCUAUAGCCCUCUUCUCUCUGUGUACUUCUUAGUGAAAGAAAAGAUGGACCGUGAGAAGGUAGAGGCUAAUCCAGGGGCUCUUGCUAUGCCUCAGAGUCCAGGCGAAAAGCCUUUGAAGAUGCCCGACCUCCCCGCACCAGAGGCGGCAUAUACCAACACAGCCACUUAUGAAAUGGCAGGCGAGAAACCCACAGGAGGGAGAUCGCGGCCUAGAGCGAGGACCCAUGGCGAGGAUGAGAUUGCUGAUGGACUCAAAAGGGUGGAUCUCAACAAUCCGCCAGGCGGCGUGUCGCCAGCCAUUCUGUCUCCGCCCGUUGAGCAUCCGAAGAAAGAGGGUACAGCUGCGGGUCUUUUGCGGCGUUUCAGUACUAGGAAGUAUCGGAGUCAGGAUAAAGACCGGACAGAGCCUCCACCCACCCCAGCUCUUGCGAUAUCUGGCCCGCACGACUCAGCCACAGCUCCGAGAAAGAGUUUCAGUAUCCGUAGGCCGCGUGAGAGAGACACUGGAUCAUCGUCUCAUCUCCAAUCGAGUAGUGCUAAUCAGCCCGAGCUGCUUUCUCCCCCAGGCUCCGGUAACAUCGCUAGUCGAAAGUUCAAGGCUCUCGGGCGUUCUACAAGCGUCAACUCGGCUGAUCUUCGAAGACGACUCAGUCGACGAGGACGCUCCUCAGAAGAUCCUGGGAACCCUCCCCCAACAAGCGGUUCCGACAGGUCUGAUCUUAGCGCACAUAAAACCCGAUCGACCACCGACGCUGCCUCUGAAGAUCUUUCCGCAAGCUCACGCCCUGUUCAAGCGUCUCGCGCCAAGUCUUUAGGCCAUGCACGCCGGGAGAGCAUACAAGCUCGGAGGUUGAAAAGGGAGCAGGCUAAGGAGGCGAAUGUCCCAGAGGAGACCGAUGCGGAGCUUGCACAGGCACAAGCGGAGGCUAGCCGAAGUCCAGAUGCUGUAAAACCCGUCUUUCUCAAGGGCCUCUUUAGCGUUUCUACCACCAGUACCAGACCAUUGGCAUACAUCCAAGACGACUUGGUUCGAGUGUUAGAUCAACUUGGCGUUGAGUGGACCGAAAUCAAGGGUGGCUUUAGAUGCCGACAUGCACCGAGUAUUGACUUAAAUAAGGUGGUGGACUCACCCGCAUCUCCACCAAGCGGGGGCCAUAGAAGGAGAAUCAGCUUCGGGGGAUUCAUGGGUGGUGACAAAGACCGUGACGAGUUCAGGGACCAGAAUCGCGCCCCUCACACGCCAAAGUCGCGGUCACGACCGUCGGGUGCGGAUCGCAGCUAUCCCAAUACCGAUGAGUCUGAUACAAGUGAGGAGCGAGACGAGCGGCGACCACGGCGAGCAGUACCAGCUGGCGAGACUUCGACACAUGUACAGAGCGAUAUGGGCGGGAGUAUUGUCCUUGUGUUUGAGAUUCUUAUUGUCAAGGUUCCGCUUUUGACGCUACAUGGUAUUCAGUUCAAGAAGGUGGACGGCGGUACAUGGCAGUACAAGAAUAUGGCCCAGACCAUUUUGGCGGAGCUCAACCUGUGAGUGUAUCGGCUGAACAGGCGUUUUGGAAUCCCAGUUGUUUUUGGCAUCAGCGACAUAAAGCCUUGAAGUUUGUUGGUUCGUUUAUCCGGGCUGUACUUGUGCAUGAUGUGGAAAUUUUGUAAAGUGAGGACUUUGGGACACAAUCAAUGCCCACGAAUCUCAUUUGUCGUUCAUAAUACUGUCUUUCGACCCUUGAUUGGAGACGAGAUGGAAAGAUCUUUAGAUCUUAUAGCGCAAAUACUAGAUCUCACAUUUCAAGUUGCGCGUGCGCUACGUCCAUGACCCUGCGUGAGAAUGUGGGCAGUUUAUAUACAAUUAAAGGCUAUUUCACCGCUGUAG